CCACCAAGCUCACUCACAAUGGCUACUAGCACCAAGCUUGUAGCUCUUGGCUUUGUUGUCCUUGUGAGCAUUGGGUUUGCCGAUGCUGCAAGGAUGCUCGCUAGCUCCUCCAGUGCUUCAGGUGGUGGAGGUGGCGGGGGAGGCGGAGGUGGUGGCGGUGGGUCUGGUGAGAGUGGAUGGGGUGGAGGGUCUGGAUCAGGUGGAGGCUCGGGAUAUAGUGAAAGCGGUGGGGAUUGGGGUAACAAGUGGAACUUCGCCAGGGGAGCUGGUGGAGGAGGAGGAGCUGGUGGUGGCGGAGGAUCAAAUGGUGGAUACGGGUCUGGCUUUGGAUCCGGCUAUGGCACCGGCAGUGCUGUGAGUGGCUCCGCAUCAGCCCCUAGUAGCAAUGGAUAUGCCAAUGCUGAUGGUAAGGGUGGGGGUGGGGGCGGAGGUGGCGGUGCAGAUGGGUCAACCGGAUCCGGAGCUGGCUCUGGCCUUGGCAAGGGAUAUGGUGAGAGUGGCAUAUCAAAGGCACCCGCUCCUGCUGCUGGUGGUGAUGGUACCAGCUACUCUGAUGCUGGUGGUAGUGGUAACGGUGGUGGUGGCGGUAACAAUGGAAAUGGAGGUGGUGCCGGUGCUGGUGCGGGACAGGCCGGCAAUGAUGACACUUCUGGGGGCUUUGCGAAUGGAGGAGGAAGCGGCAAUGGUGGUGGCGCAACCGGAGGUGGCGCCGAAGGUCCAAGCGUUGGAGUUGGGUCUGGCGUUGGGUCUGGCACGGGACAAACCGGUAGUACUGGCUCAAAUGGCACAGGCUACGCCACCGGCAUGGGUGGCGGCAUGGGUGGCGGCAAUGGUGGUAGCACUAAUGGAGGAACCGGUAGCGGUGGAGGAAGUGGAUCCGGAUCUGGUGGGGGCGGUUACCAUUAAAUUACACUUUUCUUGAGCAAGCUAGAACCGAAUCUCAACAUAUAUUUAUAUUUUUAUCAUUUUAUUAGUAUUUUUGCGUGAAAGGAGACAUGGCAUGCACGAAAGGGAUGAUCCUUGGUGUCACUAGAGAAAUAAAUAGCACUUCUUAGAUUAGCCUUUAGCUCCUACUGCCGUCUAGACUAGCUUGCGCCAAUAGACAUAAUAGUAAUGUGAUGGAGUACCUCCUCUGUAGCAAUUUCUAUCUGAAUGGCCAAAUCACCUUAUCCCUUUA